CGCAAAUUGUGCGAGUGAAGAACGCAACGCUUUAAAUUAAAAUGCUUAUAAUUUCCAGAAACGUUUGGCGUUGUCCGCAGCAGCGACUGCUACAAUUUGGGAAAUCAUCAGCAGUCUAUAGCAGCUCAAAAUCGACCCAAAAAGAAACUAACUUAAGUAGUUCCAACAGCAACGGUAGCGAUCCGGCAGCAACAGCCCCAAUAGCGGCAGAAGUUUAUAGUCACAUCAUGAGCGGUCGGUAUAGAGGAGGCGGAGGAGGUGGACGUUAUGGUGGUGGCGGUGGCUAUGGUGGGGGUGGCGGAGGCGGUGGCUACAACGACUUUGAUAACUAUCGUGGCGGAGGCGGUUGUGGAGGAGGCGGCUAUAAUGACAAUUUCGGCCCUGGUCCAAAUCCCUUCAACAUGGGUCCCAAUAUCUCAGGCAACGAUCUGAUGCAGUUAAUGAGCGCCAUGGCCAGUAAUUUUAGCAUGAACUCACAGCCACCACAGCCAAUGCGUCAGAGUUGUGGAGAGUUGAGGAAUCAUCACUGCGGCAUGUUUGUGGAGCUCUCCGGGCGACUGUUUAAAAAGCGUGUGAAUCGUUUUGCUGAGCUGCGCGAUCGUAAUGGUGGCGCUUGUCAGCUGGUUGUGCUGGAGGACAAACAUCCACGAGUGGCACGACGCAUGAACAACAUGCCAGAGAACACAACGCUCACAAUUGUGGGUCAGGUGAUGCGAAGACCACAUAAUUCGUGUAACCAGACAAUGCCCACAGGUGAAAUCGAAGUGGAGGUGCAGGACAUACUCAGCAUACAUUUUCCGGCUAGCGGCACGAAACGCGCCGGCGACAAACGCACCUACAGCACCAUGGCACAGCAACAGAGCAGUCUGGGCAUCACCAGCACAGAGUAUAAAAUUGCCAAGAAUGAGAAUAUCUUGAAAUACUUUGAGAAUCGUGAUCUCACCUGUAAUGAUCUGCGCCGAGAUGAUGUUGGCAAAACCGUCACCUUAGUGGGCUGGAUACCAUCAACAAAAAACAACAAGUUCUUGCAACUAAAGGAUGGCUACGGACAAACUCAGCUGAUGAUCGAAGAUCAAUCUCUAAUGGACACCUUUAUGUCCACACCAGAACAAACUGUGUUGCAAAUUGUUGGAAAAGUACUCGGAAGGCCGAAGGCAAACAUAAAUUUGAAAUAUGAUACGGGCGAAGUGGAAGUUAGUGUGACCAGUGUAAAAGUCUUAAAUCCCGAUGAUCCCUACGAGGGCCCCAUUAAGGUUAAAGAAAAAGUACAGAAGAUGUCCAUUGAUGAUCUCGAGGCCGAGGAGGCCUCAUCCGCUGCUCGCAACGCAAUCAGCGCCAAUAAUGGUGAUGGCGAUGUGGAUGGCGGUGAAACGAGCGCACCGAGCACAGUUCAGGCUUGUGUUGAGCAGCAGCGCCAGAAGGUGGCGGACACCAACAAAUUUGCAGAUCGUACGCACAACUGUGGCGAACUGACUUCGAAUGAUAUCAACGAAAAGGUCGUCAUUUGCGGCUGGCUGGAAUUUCAACGUAUGAACAAGUUUUUCAUACUGCGUGAUGCUUAUGGCCAAACGCAGGUACUAAUCUUGGCCAAGACAAAGGGGCUGGAGGAGUAUGCUGAAACCGGUGUGCCCAUUGAGUCGAUUGUGCGCGUCGAGGGCACCGUUAUUCCGCGUCCAGCAGCCACCAUAAAUCCAAAAAUGACCACAGGACAUGUUGAAAUCGAGGCCGACAAAAUCGACGUACUAAACGCGGCCAAAAAGAAUCUCCCCUUCGAGAUACGUAAAUUUAAUCGCGCCGGCGAACGCUUACGUCUCACGCAUCGCUACUUGGACUUGCGUUUUAAUGAUAUGCAGCAUAAUUUGCGCUUACGUUCGGCGGUUAUAAUGCGCAUGCGCGAGUAUUUGAUUAACUAUUUGGGUUUUGUGGAAGUGGAGACGCCAACGUUAUUCCGCCGCACGCCCGGCGGUGCCCAGGAAUUUGUGGUGCCCACACGCAAGGCGGGUCACUUUUAUUCGCUGGUGCAGAGCCCCCAGCAGUUCAAGCAGAUGCUGAUGUCUGGCGGCAUCGAUCGCUACUUCCAGGUGGCGCGCUGUUAUCGCGAUGAGGCCACUCGACCCGAUCGUCAGCCGGAGUUCACACAGCUUGAUAUUGAGUUGUCGUUCACUAGUCGCGAUGAUAUAAUGCAACUGAUUGAGGAAACGUUGCGCUACUCGUGGCCCAAGCACUUGCCCAAGCUACAAACGCCAUUCAGACGCAUCACCUACGAAGAGGCCAUGGAGAAAUAUGGCACCGACAAGCCGGACACACGAUUCUGUUUCCUGCUUAACAACGUCUCGGACAUUAUCGAGAAGAGUGAGAACUUCAAGGGCAAAUAUAAUGACUUUAGCGCCUAUGCCAUUGUGGUGCGCGCCAGCGAAGCCUUCUGGAAUGGAGCUGCACGCAAGCACUACGAGAGCCUGAGCAAGGCCUUCUCGGGCACGCUGUUCGUGCGCAAAUUUAACUUUGCCAAGGACGUGCAGGAGAGGCUCACAAAGCUGCUGGGCACCGAGGUGGCCACUGAGGUUAUUGAGAAAUUCGAUUUGGAGGAGAACGAUUUACUUUUCCUGUGUAUUGGACCCAAAGAGGAGACGCGUAAUCUUCUGGGUCGCAUUCGAGUAGACUACCACGAUUUCCUUGUAGAGAAUGUAAAAACCAAGAAACCCAACGAAUAUCGCUUCCUCUGGGUUGUUGACUUUCCACUGUUUGAGCGCAACCCCGUUACAAAUCAGCUGGAGAGUGUGCAUCAUCCGUUCACGGCGCCGCUUGUUGAGGAUCUGGAUAAGUUCGCCACCAGCUGUGACAAUUUGGAAUCCAUACGCUCUGAGGCAUAUGAUUUGGUCCUCAAUGGCCAGGAAGUGGGCGGUGGCUCUAUGCGCAUUCACGAUCGUGAUAUGCAGCAGUUCAUUUUGGAGCAAGUUCUGAAAAUACCCCACGAUCAUCUGGCGCACUUGCUCAGCGCUCUGGAGUCUGGUUGUCCGCCACAUGGUGGCAUUGCACUGGGCCUUGAUCGUCUUAUAGCAAUAUUGUGUCGUGCACGUUCGAUACGCGAUGUGAUUGCAUUCCCCAAGUCACUCAAUGGUCGGGAUCCGCUCUCUAAUGCACCUGUCCCCAUUUCAGAGGAGGAUAUGAAACUCUAUCACAUCAACAUACAGGAGACUGAAGCCGAAGAUGACAGCACAGGCAACAACGACGCAGCGAACUCACAGGAGGACGAUGAUCCAGAUGCAGUGCGUGCCCCACCGUCGCCCAUGUCGGGCACCAGCGACACGGAGCACACCUCGAUGGAUGUUGAUGUUAAAAACGAGCUCGCUGACGAAUCGCCAGCGAAAGAGCCAGUGCCAGAAUCCACAAGCACAAACGCUAAACCUGAUGAGGCAACAUCGCCAGCAGCAGAGUUGUUGGAACCAGCCAUAAAAACGGAAGAUGUUAGCGAAGCACCCGCCGUUGCCGAAACGUCAGAGCCGACAGCAGAUGCGUCAUCAGCUACACCAGCGCCGCGUGCCAAACGCGUGGUCAAAAAGAAAGUGUAGGCCGCAUCGGAUCGCAGGCGACAAGGGCAGCAGCGGAAUUAGAGAUACGGCUUAGCAUUUUAUUAGUAAGCUCAAAUAAUAAAUCAAGUAGUGGCGUUGCAGGAUGCCACCAAACACCAAUCAAGAUGUCACCGUUCGAUUGUCAGACGUAGGGCGGCGGUACCG